UUUUUAUUGAGCCGUCGUGGGCACACGUCACUGGUCAGGUUUCAGUGCGCAGCCUGGUGGACGGACAGGUCCCAUGAAAGAACUUCUGUGCUGAGUUUCAUGAGCGUCCCUCGACUCAGAGAUGCUGUAAGAAGCACUAAAGGGGUUUUCCUUGUGAUGAAGACACUUAGGAUUCACUCUCUUAACUUCCGCAUCUGUCACACAGCAGGGUCCCUGCCAGGGCCAUCAGGUGGUUCGCUCCCUCCCUCGUUCUCAUUUGUCUCCUACCUGGAAGUCUGUGCCUUCUGCGCCCUUCCUCCACUUCCCCUCCUUGCACUUCCCAACUCUCGAACCACAACUCUGGUCUCUUUUUCCGUGAGUUUGCGUUUCUUUGUGGUUUUAGAUUCCGCUUAGAAGUGCAAUCGUACGAUAUUUCUCUGAUUUCUUGUCGUUUUGUCCAUGUUACAAUUUUUAAAGCAAAUAAUGUUGUCUGUUCUGGGCUUUAGAUUCCACAUAGCGUGUUUAGGUAGGGAUUGAACAUUUGCUUUCCGUUUGGAAAACUUUGUUUACUUAAGCUAUCCAGUACUUACAGUUUCUGGAACCGAGAAGAGAAUGCCACGAGAGGCUGGCUGUUGUGGGACACGGGUUGGGGCGCGCUGCCUUCCUGGCUCCUCUGGGACUUGAUCUGGGUCUCCCGAUGUGCCAUCAUCUGUGACCAGUCAGACUGUACACAGAGUUGUCUGUGACCCACAUUUCAUGGCACAGGCCGUGCAUGAGGGGUCACGGGGAUGGUGAGUGGGGCAAGAGAGCAAGGGGCAGAGGAGCGGGCUGUUGGAGAGGCAGUUAGGGGCCUGGCCACGGAUGGGGUGGUCGGAGUGCAUCUGGGAUUCGCACUUGAGGACCGCUCCCUGUCCUAGGCUCCAUAGAGAAGGGAUAUGGGUACUGCUUUCAUGGAGCUUAAACUGGGGUUAGGGGUGACCCUGGCUCAUGACCCCUGGGCUGUAGUGAUUUGUUGUGUCAAGGAUGAGACAUCUUGAGAAUUUCGUACACCCUUCUGCCUUGUCAAGGUGCAGGCGGCCCGCCAUCGGCACUGCAGACCCAGCCCGUGUUGAAUGCUGCAGGUGGGCGGGUCACUGACCUUUGGUCUCCCCCUCUAGUAUGCCCUGCACGUGUACAACGAGGUGAUGAGUGUUGGGCAGAAAUACGGAAUCCGGAAUGCUGGGUACUAUGCUCUUCGUAGUCUUCGAAUUGAGAAGUUUUUUGCCUUCUGGGGUCAGGAUUUAAAUACCCUCACCACCCCCCUGGAAUGUGGACGAGAAUCUCGGGUGAAACUGGAAAAGGGGAUGGACUUCAUCGGCCGCGAUGCCCUGCUGCAGCAGAAGCAGAAUGGGGUGUACAAACGCCUCACCAUGUUCAUCCUGGACGAUCACGACACUGACCUGGACCUCUGGCCGUGGUGGGGAGAGCCCAUUUACCGCAACGGGCAGUACGCGGGCAAGACCACCAGCAGUGCCUACAGCUACACCCUGGAGCGCCACGUCUGCCUGGGCUUCGUGCACAAUUUUUCUGAGGACACUGGGGAAGAGCAGGUGGUGACAACAGAUUUCAUCAACCGGGGGGAGUAUGAGAUUGACAUCGCGGGACACCGGUUCCAGGCCAAGGCGAAGCUCUACCCGGUCACCUCGCUGUUCACCCACAAGCGCCGGAAGGAUGACGUGGAGCUCAGUGACUUGCACGGGAAGUAAUGGCCACUAGCCUCGCUUCCCCACCUGCCCACUCCCGCGGGGCUUCCCCCCCACCACCACCCCUGUCCUCCCAGCUCCUUGAUGGGAUUUUAAACUUCACCCGCUUUUAAACCUUUUGCUUUGCAGCCUCUCUUCUCCUUCCACCUUUCCUCCUCCCUUCUGCACUUUCCCAUCUGCUACUCAUUCUGGGCUGUUCUUCCCACCCACCCCUUCACCCCCCCGAUUCCCGUGGCAACAUGAAGCAUGGCUGAUGGGCAGGACAGGUGCACACUCCACUUGUGGAAGUAGGUAACCGUGACCGUCUGAUUUCUAAUGUUGUGUCUCGAAGCAAGGGAAGCGGGGGCUCACUUUUCUCGGAGCGCCCACCCGCUCAUUUUGGUGGGUGUUGUGUGCUUGACUCAGCGCUUUGCGCGAGCCCGCCCGUGCUACACCAGGCAGACCAUUCUCCUUUUCCACUGGGCUGUGGGUGGGCACCCUGACCCCUCUAGCAAGAGGAUGACCAUCUACCUCACUCAUGAGCGGCAUCACGGGGACGUUACCUGGUCUCUAGCGAACAGCUGACCUGGCUCCGGCCUAAAAUUCCUUCUGUCUCAGAGGGUUUGUUGGCCUGAGUAAACAAGCCGGUGUUUGAAAGGGAAAACCACGUUGCCUUUUGUGUUGCUCUUCCCAGCUGAAAGGGUCUGCUCUCCGGAGGUGCUCAGCACCGAGGUGGUUUCCCGCCCUUAGAAGGCUGCUGCUUCCCGCCGCUCCAGGCUCGGUGACCCGACCCAGCAUCUCCCUCACCUGUCCCUCGUGCGGCAGGCGCUGCUGUCCCUGCGGAACAGGGUGGGUGUGCUGUCCUGGUGAGGAACCAAACCUUGCUGGCUGGCCUCCCAUGUUUGGCUUCCUCUGGCCCAGAACAGGCAGAUCCCCCCCGACUGACCCCACGGGUCUGUGGGUCUGCCCGCCAGCCAGCCGGCGCUCUGGGUCUCUGGAAUGGAAAAGGGCCUGGGGCGCCGGGAAGGCCCUCCACACUGUUAGGUAGGCUCUGCGUCCAUCCUGUGCUGUUCCAGAUUUUAAACCUUUGUUGUGGUAACUUGGAAGCGUUAGCUCUGAUAGGUCUCUGUACUAGAGAGUCUUUUGUUUUAGAGCAGCUGAAAAUUCUCCGGCGGGUCUGUCCUUGGGGUGUUUACUUAAUCAGAUGGAUUCCUUCUAGACACUGCUUGCCAUUUCCCCAGCCAGACAACUCCUACUUGAUUAGUGACUGCUCAAGGAGGUCUCGAUUGAUUUAUUAAGGGAGUAGGUCGUUAGAACUCUGUUCCCUGAGAGCUGCUGCCCCCUGGGUAGGGAGGAGAAGGAGGAGAAAGGGGCAGAGCGGUCGCCCCGCUGCAAAGCAGAGUGCAGCAGUGGAGAUGCGCAUAGGAGAGCGGGCGCUGGGCCGACGCGGCAGGGGCCCAACUGACCAAGGAACGCGGCACUUAAAGUAUGCCGUGCUCUGUGCCACACUCGUCUUUGUAAAUGAAGGAUUAUUUAGGGUUGAAUCUAAAAGACAUCCUAGAUUUAUGUGUUAAGGGUCACACUUUUAAGACUCUGGUGAGAUGUUAAUAUCCUGAGGCAUCACUUGUUUAUUGAGGGCCCUGACACACACUUCGCUUCUGCCACUUUGACACCCUUGAAAUCUCUUGCUUAAUUCAGACAUCAUCAGUGUGAAUCGGGUAGUUUCUCUCUUUGGUCCUAACUCUGAAGGGGGUGACUCACUCCUGUCUCCUUGCACACCGGGCAGUCAGGCCACGUGCAUUUACCUUGUGUGAUCACUCGUCUCUCCCUAGAGAUCCCUCAGAUCUGGACUCCCAGACGGUACGAUGGCUGGUCCUUUUUCUCUCUGAAAUGAUCCGCCGUCACCUCUUGUGCUCUCUUGAGGGAGGGGCUCUACUCUCUUCUUUUUGAACCUGGAAACACAAAGUGUACCGGCCUCAAGCAGAUAAAACUCAGGGCUGCCCGUCUCCUGUGGCCCCUCUCCUCCCUUGGAACACCUGCUUACUCGUGCCACAUGUAUGUAAAUCCUGGUUCCCUGCCGUGGUUCCUUGUCUUAUAUGGAAGCUUGCAGCAGAGACACUACCUGUCCAUAACAAUGGCAAAGUCAGGAAAGCUCGAAUUUGGAAAAUUUAAGAGCGAGGGACAAGAACGACCUGCUAACCUGGGUUGGAGCCACCGAGCACCACACAGGCAGGACCUGCUCCAGGAGAGAGAACCCAACAAUUCCCACUACAUUUCUAGUGCUCUGCUGGGGGCGGGGGUCUCUCCCUGUACCCCCAAAUACAAGAGCUGCCGUUCAGGCCAAGGGCCCAGAGACCACUUAAGCUCAGUGAUUAACCUCAGUUACCCCAUUUCUGCAGGAGAAACCCCGUCACUUGGCUUCUCACCAGGAGACAUGUCCAUGGAUUCUACCUUCUUGUACAGACCAACAGUUUUACCUCUUUCCAAGAAAGUCACUAAAACAAGUGAAAAGUAACGCCACUUUCUCCAUUACCCUGCCUCUGAGUGCAUUUGAAAUGUUAACACCCCCCCCCCCCCCCCCCCCCCCCACGGAUGCAGCAGGAAUGACAGCAGCUUUCUGAAAGUGGUUUAGCUUCACUGAAGAGCUGACCCCUCACCUUGCUUUCUGGCUUGGUCUAUCCUCUGCCUCACGGACACGUGUGCUGGCAUCGGAGUGAGUCUUUACCCUCCUCUGAGAACCUAAGGGACAUAAAAGGGAAGCUUCUAUAACCUGUUGUCUUGGUUCUGACCCUAGAAGGCUGUGUCCCAGCUGACUUUCAGGGGUAGCUACCGGGUUCAAUUUUCUCUCUGUAGCUGCCUGACCAGUAUAAGCAGCAAGGAGCAGCAAGGCUCCCCUUCAGUGUCCAAGGUAGAGGUGUGGUCACUAGUGCUUAAUACUGAAGAACUUUCUACUGUUUCUUUCCAUUUCCUUUUGCACACCCCCCUGCACCCACAUCCCUCCCCAAAUUGAUAAAAGCAGCUUUUAUCAGCACGAUAAAGGGAACAUUUUCACGAUUCAAGAACAGUCAUUUGCAGGCACAUGGAUUCAGGAGCAGCACAGCAGAGGGGCAGAAAUGGUAGCUGACCGAAGGGUCGUGCUAACCGUGUCCCACUGUGAGCGAGCCCCGGCUCUGCCUGGCAGCCCCCACCUCGGCCUCCUCCACUGCAAGGUGCUGAGUUGUAAGGCUCCCUCCCCACCCGCACAGGGAUUGCAUUUGCAGUCCCUCAUCACUACAAAUGCACUAUUUUUCCAGAGAACUAAAUAUUUUUGUAUGUCUUUGCCUUCUCUGUCCAUUAAACACCAGAGUUAUUCAUUGUAUAAUAUGAUUCUUGACUUCUCUGAGCAGAGACUCUGCAUCCCUUGAAGAAUUAGACAUUUCUUCAUGGGCUCGCUUUCUCUUAUUUAGAUGUACCUACUUUUACCCUUCGCAAACCUUUUCUGCCUUCUUGGUUUUCUGUCUCUCAAGGACAGAAAUUACAAGAGGGUGGAGAGGAUAUUUUUAGCAUCUGUUUCAAAAGAUCUAUGCCAGGAUUUCCUUUGCACACCAAGAACUGGAGCUGGGAGCACCUCUCUUUAAGCCCGGUUCUCGUGCCUUACCCCAGAAUGUCCCAUGGUGGGUGUAGACAGGAAGGAUGAAAAGAAACUUCAUUUCAGUCUGAGGGUUCCCAUCCACCCCACCAUAGCCUCCCUUCCCCAGAUCAAGCAGAUGAGGGGUAGAAAGUUUCUGCAGCUUGUUUCAAUCGGGGUUUCUAGCAGCAUAGUUAAUACUCUCGGGUCUACUCUUGGGAUCCAGGAAAUGCCACUGUAAUGAUUGUACAAGGCUGUAACUCCUUAUUUACGUUUAUAAAUGUGCAGUUCACUCAGCCCCUUUCUGUCCCUGUGUAGCAUCAGCUUGUGGUGCUGAAGACAUCGGAGGCACUUUAGGGGCUGGGAUUUUUCUCAAGAGCUCUGAUAACUUCAGGUACCUAGGGGGACUGAGCAUUUCUGCCUCCAUGAAUGCGGUAUUAAUAUUGUGCACUGUGUUUCUAUCAAGCCAGAUUCCAAUUAAGAUUUUCUUUUCGUAUUACUAAGUUUGUAAAUGAAUAAACAGACAUUUUAAUUA